CUCUCCAUCUAUCCGCGCAUCCUGCUCCAGAGUACCACCAGGAUGAUCCGCCGCUGCACCGACAACCUUCACUUCACUUUCACACUCAUUUAACCCUUCACUCGGACCCUCGACGGCCGCCGCGAUACCCCCAUGCUUUGCCCUUCUCUUGAGAUGCGAUACCGUUGUACAAUUUCCCGGAGAAUAUCUGUAUCUUCCGUCGCUCCUCGCUGAUAGAGAGCAUGCCCGACCCGGGGACGGCAGCGACAGGCGCUGCAGCCGCGGCGGCCGCCAGUGGCGCAGCCACUGCCGGCGAAGGCACCGAGAGCUCCCGGCACCGACACCGAGCGCAGCAGGGAGACGCAGAGAGGCCAGAGCCGGGCGCUGCCCCUUCACAAACCUCCUCCGGUGUACUGGAUAAGUUGUUUGGAAAGCGGCUGCUGCAGGCUGGGAGACACAUCAUGUCUCAUAAGUCUUGGAUGAAAACGGUGCCCACGGAGAACUGUGAUGUCCUCAUGACAUUUGCAGACACUACAGAUGACCACACGUUGCUAUGGCUACUGAACCACAUCCGGCUGGGAAUUCCAGAGCUCAUCAUCCAAAUACGACAUCACAAGCACACACGAGUCUACGCAUUCUUCGUCACCGCUACAUAUGAAAAUUUGUUGCGAGGUGCUGAGGAGAUAGGACUGAGGAAAGCUGUGAAGCCCGAAUUUGGUGGAGGAACACGAAACUACUCCUGUGAUGAGGACUACAUCUAUGAGAACAUCGAGAGCGAGCUGUGUUUCUUUACUUCACAGGAGAGGCAGAGCAUCAUUAAAUACUGGCUAGACAAUCUACGUGCCAAACAUGGGGAGGUGCUUCAUAAUAUCAACUUCCUGGAGGGCCAGCCGAUUAUCCCGGAGCUGAGUGCGCGAGGUGUGAUCCAGCAGGUAUUUCCUCUCCAUGAGCAGAGGAUCCUCAGUCAGCUGAUGAAGUCCUGGGUCCAGGCUGUUUGUGAGAAACAACCUUUAGAUGAUAUCUGUGACUACUUUGGGGUGAAGAUUGCCAUGUAUUUUGCCUGGCUGGGAUUUUACACCACUUCUAUGUUAUAUCCUGCUGUGAUCGGCUUCGUGCUGUGGAUGCUCACUGAGUCGGAUCAGACGAGCCGUGACAUCUGCUGUGUGGUGUUUGCACUUUUCAACGUGGUGUGGGCCACUCUGUUUCUGGAGCGGUGGAAGAGGAGGGGGGCUGAGCUGGCAUUCAAGUGGGGAACACUGGAUACGCCAGCUGAAUCCCUGGAGGAACCACGGCCUCAGUUCCGGGGAGUGAAGCGCUGCAGUCCCGUAACAGGAUGUGAGGAGUUCUACUAUCCUCCGUGGCGGAGGCGUGUAUUCAGGUGGCUGGUCAGCCUGCCCAUCUGUAUCCUCUGUCUCUGCUUCGUCUUCCUGGUCAUGCUCAUCUGCUUUGAGCUGCAGGAGUUUGUGAUGGGGAUCAAGGAAAUGCCUCGGCUAGCUCGCUUCAUCCCCAAAAUCAUGCUAGCUAUCACUGUGACUGCAUGUGACGAGGUGUACAGGAAAAUCGCUUGCUGGCUCAAUGACAUGGAAAACUAUAGACUCCAGAGUGCCUAUGAGAAAAAUCUCAUCAUCAAAAUGGUUCUUUUUCAGUUUGUAAAUUCUUAUCUCAGCCUUUUUUACAUUGGAUUCUACCUCAAAGACAUUGAGCGCCUGAAAGAGAUGCUGCUGGUGUUGUCCCUGUUAAGGAGUCUGCAACGGCAGGUCCGGAUCAAUCUGCUUCCUUACCUCUUCUUCAAGAUCCAGAUGCUUGUGGUUUCUGUUCCCUGGUUCUUCAGGGCUUUACUCAAGUCCAAAAUGCUGGCCACUCUGCUCAUCAUACGCCAGUUCCUUCAAAAUGUGAAGGAGGUGCUGCAGCCUUAUCUAUAUGAGCGCCACAAGCUGGGCGAGCUCACACUGCGAGCUGUGUGGGACCUGCUGCUCUCAGUGCUGCUGAAAUACGCACGACUGGCAGCUGGAAAAGCCCAGGUCUCUCCCACCGACCAGGCCAUGCCAGGACCUGGACUGAGGGGCACCAGACCCGGGUUGGGGCAGCCAGAUAGAAGGGAAAAAAAGUGUUUGAACGGGGGAUGCGGGGUGCCUGAUGAGGAGGAUGGAGGUGAGAGGGACGAGGCUGACAGCGGGAGGUUCAGUGAAGGAGAGACGGAGGAGGAAAGUCUGAUCGACUGUGGUUUGAAGCUGAGGAAAGUCAGCUUCAUAGAGAAGGUGGACAGAAGGCCAGUCUGCAGUGGGCCCCCCAUGGACACCAGUUUCCUGGAGGAGGGGAGCCCCACGAUGGUGGAAAAAGGAAUGGACCCUGCCUCUGUAUUUGAAAUGUGUGACGACGACGAUGAUAAUGGCAUCCACGAUGUGAAGGAGUCAGGGGGGGGAGCGACAGGCGUGGCUGAGGGAAUUAAUGCUGGUGCCUCUGCCAGCGCUGCCCCACUGCCUUCUGGGUCCGAGAGCAGCACAACAGUGCGACACAGGAGAAGAGGCAGGAGUGUAGAGAGACCUGAGCCUAAGACAAAAAGGGAAUCAUGGAUCGACCCCCCUGAAGAGAGAAGAGAGAGCAACAUGCUCACUCAGGCUGAGAUGGAGAGCUGCAUGCAGACUUAUUCUGACACCUUCCAGGACUACCAAGAGAUGUUUGUCCAGUUUGGCUACGUGGUGCUCUUCUCCUCAGCCUUCCCUCUGGCUGCCAUGUGUGCUCUCAUCAACAACCUCAUUGAGAUCCGAAGUGAUGCCUUUAAGCUCUGCACCGGUCUGCAGAGGCCCUUUGGAAUCAGAGUGGAGAGCAUCGGCCAGUGGCAGACUGCGAUGGAAGCCAUGGGCCUGAUUGCCAUCAUAGUGAAUUGCUACCUGAUUGGUCAAUGCGGUCAGCUACAACGUCUCUUCCCGUGGCUCAGCCCCGAGAUGGCCAUCAUUUCCAUCGUCAUCCUCGAGCAUUUUGCCAUCCUCCUGAAGUACGUCAUCCAUGUGGCCAUCCCUGACAUUCCUACAUGGGUCCGAGAGGAGAUGGCUAAACUGGAUUAUCAGCGCAGGGAGGCCUUUAAGAAGCACGAGCGGCAGGCGCAGCAGCAUUACCAGCAGCUGCAGAGGAGGAAGAGGGAGGAGGAGGAGAGGCAGAGGCAGGCGGAGCAUAUGGCCCGCAGGGAAAGGGAGCGGGAUGACAGCAAGGGCGACUCCUCUGGGGAUCACCACCACGACAAAAGUCACAGCAGCAAAUCGCGGCCUGGGGCCGGAGGAGGAGGGGGCAGCGGGUCAGACAAACCCAAGAGGCCCAGCUCUCUGUUAGCCAACAAUAACGUGAUGAAGCUGAAACAGAUCAUCCCGCUGCAGAGCAAGUUCUCCUCGAGUGGCGCUCGCUCCCCUCAGUCCCCCACCGGAAAUGAGCCGAAGCUGCCCGGGUUCCUGAGCUUUAAAUUCCUCAAGUCACCUGAGAAUAAGAAGGAAGGUGCUGCGGCUUCUGCGGCCGCCACCACAGCUGCUAACACCACAGCUACAGCAUCAUCAUCAUCUUCAUCAUCAGGUAGCAGCUCUCAGGAGCGUUCUCAGUCACCCAGCAAAGCCUUCAACCCUGGGAAACUGUUUAACUUCGGGAAAUCUGAGGGGGGAGCGUGCGUGAACGGGGCUGCGCUGCACAGACCUGGGGAAGGAUCAUCAUCACAGACGUCAGACAGACAACCAUCCAGGUCUGACUUGAACGGUGUUCCAGACGAGAUCCCCUCGCCUGGAGGGGAAGGGUCAGAGAACGGACAUGCAACAGACUUGGACCCGGCUGGCUCUAAAGUCUAGUAGCUCCAUAGAGAACAAAUUUGUCAUUGGUUACAUCUCAACUGAAGAAGUGAUGUGUUUACUGUGAGGAGAGGCCUGGCCUACCUUCUCUGCUAUCACAGGCUAUGUGUAGAAGUACUUGAAGCAGAAAGAGGAGAAGAUGAAACUGAUGAGAGGUGACUGUUGUUUUGGUUUGCUCUUUUGCUGAGAGACAAAAAAAAACAGGCUUUAUAAGAAAGACGUAAGCCCUCUUGUCAUGACCGAAUAAACACACACACACACACACACACACACACACACACAUACUCACACACACACACACACACACACACACACACACACACACACACACACACACACACACACACACACACUCCCUUACACACGCACAAACAUACAAAUACUUCCUUGUCUGCAAUACAUGAAGAAAUGCAUGAGCUGCGUUUCUAAUAUUUUUAAGCCUUUAAAGCAGAGAGCUGUGUUUCUUGAUUUCUUCUAGUCAUAAAUUGUAAGCAUCCCAAUGGCCUCCCACUAGGACAUAACAAUAACAACACCGCCUGUUGUGGAGACAAAAGGAUUAAAAAAAUGUACACAGUGGUAUGAAAUGAUCACGAAUUGUACAUCAACUAACUUCUGAGAGCAUUUUUAGCUGAAGUGAUUAUUAGAUAUUGUCUCAUUUUUAACGUUGAGGAAUUCUUGGGCCCUUCACUUUUAUAUUGAAGUGGAAAAAAAUGGAAAAGCAAUAUCAAUCAGUGUUUUAAUUAUUCUUAUCAAUCAUCACAAACCCUCCCGUAAUAAGCAUCCCUGAUGUAUCACCAGCUUUAUUUUCAAAGCUGAGGUGAUGUCUGAGCUUUGAACACUUCUUCCCAUCCUGUGACGGUGGCAGAUUAGUUCGAAAAGGAAGUAAAGAGCUUAGUAAGGCGAGCUGUCACGUACCAGUAUUUUUCCCAAGAGAGGAAGUGGAAGAGAGACAAGAAAAAAAAGCAGAAGUAGACAAAGGUGAUUUUGAGAAAACGGAGCAUGGAAUGUGCGUGCUGUUCUCCAUCCAAGCCCGUAGAGCGCCUUAUAAACACAGAUGGUGCUCCAUUCCACACACUCUAACCAGACUUGGCAAACUAACGUAGAGUUAAAGAAGUAACAUUUGCACUAAACCCUUACGCCCUGCAUAGAAACCUUAUCUAUCUCGCUCUGCAGGAGAGAGGAUCGACACCAGCCUGUCUCAUAACAUUAUGCAAAUGCUGGAUUGUUUUGAUUUACUCCUUUCACACAGUACAUGCUAUCUGCUCACCUGCCUCUGCUCUCAGCAACUAUGGGAUUCCUAAAUAUUCAGAUGAGGUGUUUUUGUUUUUACAAUAGUUGCUCUCAUUUAUGUUGAGCUCCAUAUCUUUUUUAUACACACCAUUUGCUGCAUUGUUUUUAUUGCAGUGCUGAUGGGAAUUUCCUUUUUUAACCAAAGCGGUAUUUUUCAGAUAAUACUGUUAACCCAAGAUGUAUGUGUACUGUAUGUUCUAAGGUAUACAUUAUGCUAAUCUAUUAAGUACGCCCACCAUCUACCAUAAACAGGUAUUUCACUUCUGCAGGGUCUCCAGAAGGUGGCGCCAGAGUUUAUUCGCAUAGCAAAAUGUGUUGUUGAACGGCUUGUUCUGAUUCACUAUUGACUAUUGACCCAUAACACCAGUCUUCAGUGUACAGCCGGGACAGUAACAUUAGAGUGUCAGGCUGCAGACUCUUCGAAAGGAAAUGUAUUAUGGUGACAUUAGAUAAGGUACACACAGGUACACAAAGUUUCAGAGGCCAUCACACUGUAGGUUGAAAGAGAGAAACAUGAACUAUGCAUUUUCACACCAUCACCUUUGGCAUGCAUUUUGGCAAUAACAUUGAGUUGUAGGAGAUGUAUUACUAUAAGUCUAAACUAACUCCCCCCACUCACAGCACACAUCCUACUGCAUUAUUAUUAUUAGCCGGACUCUAUGCAUCUUUUCUUUGUGUCCCUUCAAUUUCCACUGUCAGCUCUCUCCUGUCUCAUAUUUAAUGUGAGGAAUCUGCCCUGACUCACAAUUAAAAUAAUAACAAUAAUCUCAUCUAUCUACAGCUUUGUGUUUACAGAAUCUGUCUAGUCUAGGAGUAAUGAUGACAUUGAGCUUUUUUUUUUUAAUAUUGUGUUGCUGCUUUAAUGUGUCUGUAACAACUUCACAAUAAGUAUGAUCCACCUUUCAAUCACAUGCCUAAGGAAAACACAAACAUGUACUUCAGCAGUCAGGCAAAAAGAUCCUACUGACAUUAAAUGCAAUAAGGAAAAAGACAGGAGAUCAAUGUGUGUGGUCACAGUGUCAUUUUACUGUGAAUCUACAUUAUGUUCUUUCGUAUAUUUGGAAGUCAUUGUUCAUUAGAAAUGUAAAAUGAGAAGUGCAAGGCUGAGAGAAAUUUGAUAUAUUUAGUGUCUUUGUGUAUGACAGGCUGGUCAUUGUUAAAGGGGCAUAUGAUAGAGAACAGGAUGGUAAGCGUAGCUGAGCGUAGUCUCAUCAAAACCUUUAUUCUUGCAGCAUUCUUUCAUUUAGCAUUUCAGGGAUGAGUGACACCAUGAUUCAUUAGGGUCCAUAUAUUAUCAUUUGAGAGUUUGUGUAGAAAAUGAGAAGCCAGUUUCAAAGCGGAGGUGACUAAAGUGAGAAGGGCAACAGUUUAGGUCAUGUCUCCAUCUAUGUAUUUCCUCCUUAUUCAGGGAAAACGGAGUACAACUUCAUUUGAUAGAAAUGGAUAGCAUUAAACAACCUAUCACUUUUUCAUCAUUGCACUCUUAGGAGCAGCAACAACUUAUGCAUAUUGUUUAUAUGGAGGUAUUUAAAUAAGCAUUGGUUGAUUGAUCUUGGGUAUCAUUGAAAGGUUCAUCAAGAGGCAUCCCAUGCCAGAGACAGCACCAGGCCAAGCACAGGCAUCCCUUACGUCAGGGCAGUAGCUCAGACAACCGAGACUCAUCAACUGUCUGUAAUCCACUAUUAAAGCAACAGCGGUUCUUUACAGGAUUUGGGCUUAUCUAGGCAGUCUGAUGUGAAACCAGUUGGAAAGGACUGAAUUUAGUAAAUGUACUGUCUUCUUCUGGAAAACGUGUGAACAGGUGAGGUUUUCACCACAGCUACAUUAAAAACCUGACCCUAACCUCAAGAAUUUAAGAUAAGACCUUCAUAGAAGUCUCACUUACUGAACAUCAUUUGCUCUUCCAAUGUACCACUGUACA